AUGUUCCAAGGGUAGGACAGGCUCUUGGUCUCGGAAAGCAACCGUCCUAGGUGAAAGUAACACUGAUCCUAAAUCCCCCUGGUGGUAGGGCUAAAAUGCAGGCUAGAAUUUGCCUCAAAAAUCAUCAGUGAAGACAACCACAAAUUCAAUAAAGUUAUUACUUCAGAGGCCUCGGAAACCCCAGAGCCAGUGGUUGGGGGUGGCCUGUCCAAAAAUUCGAGAUCAGCCUGAUCCCAGAAACAGGGGUGUCCAGCAAGGCCCCCGCUCUUGGCAACACUACUUCUGAAACGCUUAGAAAACAUGCACCAGAUGGAGCUAAGGACGCGGGUUCAAAACGAAAACUAGAUGCAGCUCUCACAAGAGACACGGUACACAGGUUCACUGAAGACUCAGAAUCUAGGCUUCUCCUCAAAAAGCUCUUCACUAGCUCGAUCACCAGCGCUUCAAGUGUCAACACGGUAAGAAAGCUGAUGGAGCAGCUUAAACUGUAAAACGAAAUCCUUAACUCCCUGUUUAAGGAAGUCAAUAAACUAAAAUCGAUAUAACACAAGACCAAAUCCCACCUCACAGUGGAAGCUAUAGGGAAAAUAGAGGAUGUCUCGGACAAACUAUAUGAGAACAGAGAAUCUGUACAUAGCGCCCUUAAUCUCGCUUACCGCCAGGUCGAACCGUGUCUGAAACCAAGAGCGUCCAGCAUGAUAAUGUAGAGCCACAGCUCGCAUCUCUGAUGCAAGAAAGGUUCAACAUCAGGAUACGACCUUUGCUAAGGAAGGCGAGAAAAUAGAUCUCAUCAUGGAGAGCAUCAAGCUACUUCCGCGAGCAAUGCUCGACGCAAGCAGAAAUGGGCCAAAAAUCCAAAAGGAAGCAGAUCCUGUCAAGAAUGUGAGGAAGUCUACCAACGGAGGAACAUCCUCGUUAGAGAAUAUGCAGACACUCAACAAGAACGUCCAAAGAAAGGAAACCGAAAAAGUGCCUAGGCCAACCCGACGCAGUUAUCGUGAACGUUGAGGGCUCAACGUAUGCAGAACAGUUUAGGAAAAUAAAGACCGACCAAAGUGUGAAGGAAGCGAAUAAUAACAUCGAUUCCAUCAACAAAACCAGAGAUGGUCACCUUUGAAUAGUCCAGAAGAGAAACGCAGAGAACCCAGAAGGCUUAACCAAAGCGAUUGCUUACGCUGUGGGCAACAGUACUUGUAGAAAACUAACGGACAAUAGCCUGCUGGAGAUCAGAGACGUGGACAAAGAAGCUUCGGAUCAGAAGAUCCUGCAGGCCAUCUCGGACAAGGCAGAUCCCCUGGUAAACGCGCCAACCCUGAGGAAAAAAAACAACGGUCGAGGAACCCAAACCGUUCUGAUUAGCGUUCCGACCAGCUUAGCAGCCACCUUGAUUACAAUUAAAUUGAGAAUCGGCUAUGUUAACUGCAGAGUCCACUGCUCUACGCAGGUUAUGAAGUGUUUUAAAUACCAAGACUUUGGUCACAGGCGGUUCAAUUGCAAGUGUCCGGAUAGGCAAAACCACUGCUCGAAUUGCGGUGCAAAAGAACACCACAGCAAGGUGUACAACAACAACCCGAAAUGCCUUCUAUGUUCCAAAGAGUGUUCCGACGAUCAUUCUCUUGGUAGUUUCCGGUUCCACGUUAUUAAGCGUACUCUCGAGGCGACCAAGAAAGCAAAAUGA